CGGGGUUUCGUGGGUUCGUUUUACUGUAUUGGUUGGGCGCUCUGCCCGAGAGUGCCAUGGAGACUCAUUGCCCGCUGUGGCUGCUAAGUGGUAUCAUACACGUUCGUCUCAUCCAUCUCCCAUCGCCUGUCUGGGGAUUACACAUUGAGAGGACCCUUGCCCUGGCCGACGGUAGGGCCCUUGGCGAGGCCCUGGCUCUGGCCGCCGCUGGCUGGGAGGCCCUCGAUGGCCUCGCCGUGCUCGUGCUCCGGCAUGGGGGCCGUCUUGUCGGCACGGGCCACGUGGUCGGACUGCUCCUGGCCGGCGCCGUGGAUGAUUUCGUUGUUCUCAGGGGCGUUGUGUGCGUGGCUUCCGUCGCGAGGCAUGUUGGCGGUUAUGUGAGGAAGAGGAAGGGUUGGUUGUUGUAGUUGUGAUGAUGAUGAUGUUGUUUGUUGGAUGAGGUGAAUGUCAACUGGAAGAGAAGGAAGACAUGACGGAAGACCGCAGCAUUCAGCGGCUCAAAAUAUAUCGUGAAACUGAACCUCGAGUGACGUUUGUAGUGCGCCUGGAGCUGCCGAGCUUGACGUCAUCCCAGGAGCUGUGGAGGGGCACGCGAGCGGCCGGGAAGCCACGCCGUGUCGAUUACCUAAAGUCCCACCAUGCCGCCUUACUCGCGCGUGCUCCAACGGACGGUUCUACUAGAGGUGAAGGCCAAGGCCAGGCUGGCCAAGCGUCGUGAACG